AUUUCAUACCUCUCUUUGUUUCCAAUUAACCCCUCUCUCUCUCAGUGGACACAACCCCUUCAAUUCUCUCUUCUACGAAAGUAGCAUUUCUCUCUUCUCGAUCUAUCCGUCUGUGACUAAAAGUGUGUUUGUUUCUUUGUUCGUGUACGCGUGUUUAAAGAGAGAUCGGAGAGGGAGAGGCUGUGAUGGCAAAUAGAGUUGAUCACGAGUACGAUUAUUUGUUCAAGAUCGUGUUGAUCGGAGACUCUGGUGUGGGGAAAUCAAAUAUUCUUUCAAGGUUUACAAGGAAUGAAUUUUGCUUGGAAUCUAAAUCUACUAUCGGCGUUGAGUUUGCUACCAGAACUCUUCAGAUAGAAGGGAAGACAGUUAAGGCACAGAUUUGGGACACAGCAGGUCAGGAGCGGUAUCGAGCGAUCACCAGUGCUUACUACAGAGGAGCUGUUGGUGCCCUCCUUGUGUAUGACAUAACCAAGAGGCAAACUUUUGACAAUGUCCAGAGGUGGCUCCGUGAAUUAAGAGAUCAUGCUGAUUCUAACAUUGUGAUAAUGAUGGCUGGGAAUAAGUCUGACUUAAAUCAUCUUAGAGCUGUUCGAGAGGAGGAUGGUCAUUCCUUGGCUGAGAAGGAAGGUCUCUCAUUCCUUGAGACAUCUGCACUGGAAGCGACCAAUGUUGAGAAGGCGUUUCAGACAAUUUUGACAGAGAUUUACCAUAUUGUAAGCAAAAAAGCAUUGGCAGCCCAGCAGGCAGCUGCUUCUACUGCUAUUCCCGGUCAAGGAACCACUAUUAAUGUUGCUGAUUCAGGGACUGGGAAAAAAGGUUGCUGUUCUGCUUAAGAUGAUGUGGAUACUUGAGGAAGAAAACAGAUUUAUUACCCAGCAGACGAUUUUCAUUUUCAUCUUUUUUUUUUUUAUAUAAAUUAAAUUUCAGUUUCUCUAUUUUUCUUAAUCUUUGGCUGAGAGAGAGACAUGUAGAAUAACAUUGUUACUUGAUUGAGUUGUGAUGAGGAAGCUUGUGAAAUUUAAAUAGGUAAUUGAGCCUUUUCUUAUACCCUA